ACCAUAACUAUGAUGCUGUUGCAAGGAAAACUAUUGUCUGAAUACAAAUUAGAUUUCUCUAUUGUUUAUUUGAUUAGUCAAAUUAUUCUCUUCUCUUCUCUUCUGGUUCUGGUUCUGGUUCUGGUGUUGGAGAGUCUACAGUUACCUACUACUACCUUGGAACUUCCUCAUCUCUAGCCUUCCUUGAAACAUUCUCUUUUGUCUUUGAUUCUAAUCUUCAGACACAAUUCCAUUUUUUCAGCUGCAAAUUGUUUGAGGACUUGCUUAAAAUAUUCAAGUAUUAGAUAACAAUACACACAAAGUCAGAUGUGAAAUUUCAAAUGUUAGCCAUUUGAGGAUACAUGGGUUUUCUUGGAGAUAUUCGAGUUCAGGGUGAAUCGAGCAAAACCCUGAACCUGCUUAAUUAGAGAUCUGAAAGUUUUUGGAGCCAGUUUAUAUGUGAUCCCCAUUUUAGGGAAUAUUGUUCUGUGAAAUAAAUGGGUUGUUGUUGUCAUUGAGAUAUUCAGUUCAUAGAUUCAAGAUUCUCAGAACAACUUGUGUCAGCAUUGAAAUACCCAGUUCAUGAAACACUGAUUUGCAAACUGGGUUGUUCUUGAUUUCUGGAGAUUUUACAAGAUCAGUGAUGGUGGAAGAAGUGGAACUUCCAACCCAUGGUGAGAUUGUGCAACAAAAUGAACCCAGAAAAGGGAUCUGUGGUUGUGUGUGGGCUCCAGUCUAUUGGUUUAGAAUGCUUGCCAUGGAAAUGCAUUGGAGUUUUGUUUAUGGUGUGGUGGUUAUUUAUGGAAUAAGCCAGGGAUUGGGUGGUGCUCUCAAUCGGGUAGGCACCGCGUAUUACAUGAAGGAUGUGCAGAAGGUUCAACCUUCUGCAGCACAGGUCUACUCUGGAAUAGGAAUAACCGGGAUUCCUUGGAUUGUCAAGCCUAUUUGGGGCAUCCUCACAGAUGUUGUUUCCAUUUUUGGGUAUCACCGGAAACCUUAUUUCGUUUUAGCAGGUGUCAUGGGUAUUAUCUCCAUGCUCUAUCUAUCAUUGCACGAAAAGCUGCAUCUCUUCUUGGCUCUGUUGUUUUUAACAGGAGGAAGUGCCGGGGUUGCAAUCGCAGAUGUGACCAUUGAUGCAUGUGUGGCACAAAACAGUGGUAGUCAUCCGUUGCUUGCAGCUGACAUGCAAAGCUUAUGUGCCCUAAGUUCAUCCAUUGGGGCACUAGUGGGAUUCUUGCUUAGUGGUAUCUUGGUUCACUUAAUUGGUCCAGUGGGUGUGUUUGGCUUGCUGGCAAUCCCAUUUGGGCUUGUGUUGUCUGUUGGAGUUUUGCUUAAGGAACCCUACACAACCGAUUUUACAUGCAGACAGGUAACCCAAAAGUUUACUGAUGCUUGUAAGGCUAUGUGGACAACCUUGAAAUGCCCUGAAGUGUGGAGGCCAUGUUUAUACAUGUAUAUAUCCCUUACCUUGAGUUUGGAUAUCUAUCAAGGGAUGUUCUAUUGGUUCACGGAUUCAGAGGAAGGUCCUUCUUUCUCGAAGGAGGCUAUAGGUUACAUAUGCUCAAUUGGUUCAGUUGGCUCCCUUUUGGGGGCCAUACUAUAUCAGUAUGGUCUUAAAGACUACCCUUUUAGGGACCUAUGCUUCUGGACCCAAUUGCUGUUUGGUCUAUCUGGAAUGCUGGAUUUGAUGCUGGUGCUACGCUUAAAUUUGAAAUUUGGCAUACCUGAUUCUCUCUUUGUGGUAAUCGAUGCCAGUGUUUCUCAAAUGAUCUUACGGCUCAAAUGGAUGCCCCUUCUUGUACUCAGUUCCAAGCUUUGUCCCCCUGGCAUUGAAGGCACGCUUUUUGCUUUACUGAUGUCAAUUGAUAACGCGGGACUUCUCACGUCAUCGUGGGGUGGAGGUCUUCUGCUCCAUGUUUUGAAGGUUACUCGAACAGAAUUUGAUGAACUAUGGCUGGCCAUCUUGAUCCGAAAUAUAUUGAGAGUCUCUCCGCUUUGCCUUCUAUUUUUGAUUCCUGGAAGCGAUCCCAAUGCUUCCAUUCUUCCAACUGAAAUGAUGCUGAAUGCAGAAGAAGUUUCCGAAACUCCAGAACCUCAAAAUAUAGAACUUGCCCCCCUUGUUGAUAAUGUCGAUGGUAGACACGAUGACAAACCACAAUGACACAAAGCACACAUAUAUGCAAGAAAAACCAAGGCAUUCCUCGACACUGAAAGGGGUUGAUAUUUCUAUGAAGAACUUGUGCAGCAUCAUGGUCUCCUCUAUGAUUGUUUGUUGUAUCUUCUUAUUCUUUCCUUAAAAUUUUCUAGUGUAGAUGUUUUGUAUUGUUGUUGAACAAGGUAUUGUUCAUGGAGAGCCUAAAAUAAAGAGGGAAAAGUGAUCAAAAGGAGAAAAUAUAUUGCUUAGAUAAACAGAUUUUACCUUUUUUACACACAAAAAGUGGAUAAAUUUGUGUUUUGAAUUUGUCUCA